GUUUAUUGUAUGGACAAACAUUAUUCUUUCAGGCUCUAAAGUUGACAGCUGGGGGGAACUGAUUGGACCGUUAUGCUAGUUUUCCUGUGUGGGACCAGUGUGCACUUUGACCCAAAGGAUAUCCUGUGCCUGCUCAGCGGUAAGAGCGUGAGCUCUCUGAAGCCAACAUUUAGACAAAAGAUCCACACAGCUUACAGGAGUUUUAGCAAGAUAAAGAGGGAUUGUAGCCUUUUAGAGAGCAUAAAAAGGCAACCUGGAGAGAUUAUUUUACAAGUUACACGAUGAUGGAAGAGGCUAAAGAAGCAACACCUGCUCUGAGUGUCCAGAGUGACAGCAUUAAGGUAACAGAGGUGCUGAAAGAUGGUGACACACUAACAUUCCUCAUUGUUUCUCAAAAGCUGUCAGGGACAGGGGAGUACCAUGUGGACCGAACCUAUGAUGACUUUGAGUGGCUGCAGCACCAUAUUUGCUCUCAGGAGGAUGCGCCUGCCCUCCAAGGAGUCAUAUUUCCUCCUCUUCCUCCAAAGGCUCAGGUAAACGCAUCUGCCAAGGUGAUGAAACAGCUUGGCAUCUUUGGUUUAGGAGAGUGGCAGCCAUACUGUAAAGCACUAGAGACUUUCCUGCGGCAAGUUGCUGCCCAUAGCACACUCAGCAAAAAUAAUGCUGUGGAAGUUUUUCUGACCAGCUCAGACCCUGCGGGCAGAAACAGAGUAAGGAAAAGUAUUUUCAACCGGCUGAGCCAUGCUGUGGAGGAAAGGAGGAAAGAAGGCCAUAAGGAUGUGGAUGAUUACUUUCAAACUGAGCGUGAUCAUAACAUCCUUCUGACGGGCUGUACCAAGACUGCAGCUGAGAAAUUUCUGGAUUUGGUGCUGACCGAGCAAAAAAUAGCUGUGGCCUGUGGGCACUUCUCUACUGCCUUGCAUGUCUUUGUGGAACCAGGCGAGGAUCCAGCCAAACAGGCUUUCUCUAAGGCUUGUGUGAAAUUAUCUGAGGUCUUUGAGUCUUUAAAGAAUAAUAUGGCAAGUGUUGCUGACAAUGACGUGAACACUGUGGGUCUUGGCCUGGAACUGGAUUCACUUUACCAGGAGUCAGAAAAGGAAAUGCUCUUCAGGAGAACCUGUAAACUGGUUGAGAUGGAGCAUGCAAUGAAGAAUGCAGAGAAAGCCAAACCUGCAAAGAAAGCUGCUAUGAAUGAAGCAAAAAGAGUGUCAAUGGAGGAGUUUGAUCUAAUUAGUGAAGUGGCCAAAAAUGAGAUUAAACACUUCCAAACCGUGCGUGUGGAGAUGUUGAAGCAGGCUCUGGUUCAGUGGUGUGAGAAACAGCUGGUCACAGCCAAAGAAGGUGCUGAUCAGUUCAGCCAGCACCUGCAGGCCUUUAAAGAGAUGGCCGAGUGACCUUGAUGGCUCAUUCUUUAUAUUGUGUUCUUAGUGUGUUUGUGUAGCAUUGGAUAUGACCCAAGCAUGCACUUCAGUAUGCUGUGCUGUAAUCAGUAGUCUUAAUGGAAUCAAUUACAAACACUGAACAUAAAAAAGAGAAUAUGCAAGUUUAAGAGGAUUUUAUGGAAGCCCUAUGCAGACAUGCAUACAUUUUAAUGAAUCUGUUUUCCUAGGAAUGAGUAAUUUCCAGGUUGAAAAAUCCCAAAAAAGAACCUAGAAAGAGGAUUAAUUUACUUCAUUAGUGUGGGCAAUGGUGUCAUGACAUGUGGUCAUAUCUAUCAGUGACCAACAUGUUAUCAUGAUAAGAUUUGUUUUGUUACCUUGAGAUAAUGAGAUAAAUUAAUCUGUUAUCAUGGGAUAACCAUAUUUGUCACCCUGUGAGUUGAUAAAGAGUUGAAUAAGUCAAGAUUCCAUUGCAAUCACAGAGAAUGGAGUAAAUCAUAUGUAUGGAUGCAUGUCUACUCAAGGCUUCCAUGGAAUUGAAGCCUUCCUAAUAAAAAAAGGCUGAUAAUUUCUCCAUCUUUGCACUACCAAUAAAUUCUGUGCUGAAAUGAUGGUUUUCAUUUCUCUGAUGUGGACUUGUUCUUUGCUAAGGCCUUUGUGAGUAUGUCAGAGUGUACAUGUGUGCUAUUCUAUGCUCAUACAUUUGUGCUGAGAGUUGUAUUGUGCAGCUCUCUUGCAGCUACACCAUUCAGGGUCACACAAAAUAAAGUGUGAUGAAUUGAU